CCAGGAUACAUCAUUCUGGCCCCCUGCACCCCUCCCUUUCUCUAUCCAUUGGGAGGCAGAAGACAGGAAAUGACUGCCAUGGAUGUGGUAUGAUUUUUACCAAAACAGCAUUUAGUAGCUCAGGCCCAUGCUGUUCGCAGCUGUUUUCCUUUGUGAUACCAGCCAGGUGGCCAACUCUCCCAUGCUCCCCUCCCCAUUGCUUCACAUGACUUGAGCCGUUGGAUUCUUUGCUCCUGGCCGCUGUCCACAUUCCAUUCCCCUUUCAGAACCCAGGCAUCCCGGGCUCCAGCUGCAACUGCUGCAUGUGGCUUUCCCCAUCCCUGGCCUUGUGACUCAGUCGGCCCCCUGAAGGGAGCAGCCCUCUUUUUUGCAGUCACUGGAGAGGCCGAGGAAGAAGAGGGCUAGAUGGUGACAUCACAGUCGAAGGGUAUAAAAGCUUCAAGCCAAAACAGAGUUGAAAUUGAAGAUAAAACCUGGCAGCGCAGCCUGUGAUCGUGGGGACCCCUCAGCCUCAUACGUGCAGACGUCUGGUGGUGGAUUCCCACUUUAUCAAGGCCUACCCACUGGCUCCAUGCUGGGCUCUACCUGCCCUCUGUGGCUCCUGGCCGUGGUGACCUUCUCCUUGGUUCCUAGAGCUCAGCCCUUGGCCCCUCAAGGCUUUGAGGAAGAGGAGAUAGAUAAGACGGAGCCACCGCCUGUUCCCUGUGAUUAUGACCGCUGUCGACACCUGCAGGUGCCCUGCAGGGAGCUGCAGAGGGUCGGCCCGGUGGCCUGCUUGUGCCCAGGGCUCUCCAGCCCUGCCCAGCCGCCAGACCCGCCGCGCCUGGGAGAGGUGCACGUUGUGGCCGAGGAGGGCUGUGCCGUGGUCCACUGGUGUGCUCCCUUCUCCCCGGUCCACCACUACUGGCUGCUGCUUUGGGAGGGCAGCGGCGCUCCGCAGAAGGGCCUCCCGCUGAACUCCACCUUCCGAAAAGCAGAACUUAAGGGACUGAAGCCUGGGGGCACUUAUGUCGUUUGCGUGGUGGCCGCUAACGAGGCCGGGGAGAGUCACGUGCCUGGGGCAGGUGGGCAGGGCCCCCAGGCAGCAGACAUGCUCGCCUUUGGGCCUUGCGGCCGGCUCUCCGUGCCGCCCAGGCCCCUCUCCCUGGUCCACGCGGCCGUUGCGGUGGGCACAGCCCUGGCCCUGCUAAGCUGUUCCGCCCUGGUCUGGCACUUCUGCCUGCGGGACCGCUGGGGCUGCCCGCGCCGGGCUGCCGCCAGAACCGCAGGGGCGCUCUGAAGGGGCCUGGAGACACAGCCAAGCCCCACCUGGGGUGCUCAGCUCGGCUCCGGGCUCCGGGCUCCGGGCUCCGGGAUCUGGGAUCCGGGCUCUGGGCUCUGGGGAGGAGGGGACUGCUGCUGCCAGGGCAGGCAGGACAGCAACUAGGAGCCAGCCCCAGGCGCCUGGGCCACAGCUGUGGCUGGGUUCUCUCAGCGAAGCGUUUGUUUGGGUCCCGCCGGACUUGCCGUUUUGUUCCCUGGCUGAGGUCUAGAAGAGAGUAGAGAGGGUCGCCCAGGUUAGGCCAGAUAGUAAAUAAGUUCGGCUUUCUGGGUUCGAGAGGAUAACAUCACGCAUGCUGUGUAUAUAGGUACUUAUAUGGCCAUUUAACCAUUUAAAAACCAUUCUUAUCCACCUUACAAAUCAGGUCGCAGGCCUGUUGACUAUACUUAGACCCCCCUUGUCAUACACCCUCAAAAGGGCUCUGUCACUGUGGGUGGCUUCAGUGGGAUUUUGAGAAUAAGCUGAGACAGGAUGGGCCUUUGGGGCCAGAGACCAUCCUCUUCUGCUUCUAACUUUUGUUUAGUUAUUAAGGAUAAACACAUCUGAGUCCAUGUGCACCUGUGUCUGAGGAGGGUGGAGAAGAGACGGAAGGGCCAACCUACAGUCUGGCACAAGUUCCUGCUAGUUAAAACAAAACAGAAACAACAAUAGUACCAAGGAAUUUCUCCCUUUCCCCCGUUUGUGUUUAUUGUAUAUCCACUGUAACAACAUUAAAGGACAUUUAAAAGACA